AUGGGCGACAAGCCUCCAGGGUUCCGCGGCUCCCCGAGCUGGAUCGGCUGUGUAGAAGCCAGCCUCUGCCUCGCCCACUUCGGAGGGCCCCAGGGGCGCCUCUGCCACGUACCCCGUGGUAUGGGCCUUCAGGGGGAACUGGACAGGCUUUACUCCCACUUUUCAGAGGGUGGGGGACCUGUAAUGGUGGGAGGAGAUGCGGAUGCCCGAGCCAAGGCCUUGCUGGGAGUGUGCCUGGGGCCACGCACAGAAGCCCACGUCCUGAUACUGGACCCCCACUGCUGGGGUGCUCCUGAAAACCCCACUGAACUACAGGCUGCUGGAUGGGUGGGCUGGCAGGAGGUAGCCACAGCCUUUGACCCCAACUCCUUCUACAACCUGUGCUUGACCAGCCGUUUGGAGCAGCAGCAGCAGAAGCAGCAGCACACCCUGGACUGUUAA